AUGGGCGAAUUUCUUUGUCCUAGAGAAGAAAUAUUUUAUCUAGGACCCCAAUACUUUAAAAAUCCCGAUGACGAGGGAGGUCACAUCAAGCAAGGAUUCGAGUCUCGGCGUCAAAAUGACCUCUACAUGCGUCUUGGUUUACUUCUGGGUGAGAGAAGGUCCAGAAAUAAAUCUCGUGAAAGCUGCACGUCUCUUGCUUCGCUGGAUGCGCAUACGCUUGCUUCACAUAAUACUAGUCCGGUGUCAACAUUAACCGGGUCAUCAGAAGUGGAUGCAACAACUCCCCUAGGCAGAGACUCGCUGGGUUCCCUGGCGUCCAUGUCACUGUCAGCUGCCAGCAACUGUUCCUCAUCAAGUCCGGGAAGCAGGCGGCAUUCUGUAACAACACUACAAAGCGGAAGAGAAGAUUUGGCCCGGAUGUCUUCAGGGUUCUUCAAGAAUAGAAAAACGGCAGCGAGACGGUCUGCAAGAGUCAGCAGCAAAGCUUCAUCUACAUCAUCAGAUCAGAAAAAAGUACACCCCUUGCCGCAAUUAACAUUACGACCGUUGUUCUUUGAAGUCCCGUCUACAGAUGGUCAAACACCGUUCACAGGUAGACAUUGGCUGAUGAGGGAUAUGGAAAAGGCACUGGAAUCGGCAGCAUCAGGCAUAGUAAUCUCUGGUAGCCCAGGCACAGGAAAGACGGCACUAAUACUACAGCUAGUUGAAUACUCAUGCUUUGGUCGCAAGAGAAACUUCGAGUAUGAAGAGUUGAGGGAACAAUCAGAUAUAAGAGAACUGUUGCCGGAAGAAAUCGCCGCUGAAAUGGUUUCGCAAUUAGCGUCACAAGUUGUGGCUUAUCAUUUCUGCCAAGCUGAUAACAACAGCACAUGCCUCGUCGGCGAAUUCGUCCACUCCUUGGCUGCUCAACUCUGCCAAGCUCCCAGACUUCAAGCCUACAGGGAAUACUUGCUAAGCGAGGCGCAUCUUCUCUCAAGUCUCUCAUUAAAAGAGUGCAUCGCAGACCCAGACCUAGCAUUUGUCAGAGGAAUUAUUGAGCCCUUAACAAUCCUCCGACGGAACGGCAGCAUAGAUUCCACGAACAGCAUCGUUCUGGUCGACGGCCUCUGCGAAGCUGAAUAUCAUCGACCGGACCACGGCUACACGAUCGCCACUUUCCUCUCGCGACAUGUCCCAGACAUGCCAUCUUGGCUAAAAAUUGUCGCCACUAUUAGGACACAGUUUUUGGAACUCACAAAACAGUUGCCAUACACGAGGCUGAGCUUGGACGAAUCGGAUAACGUGAAUAAGGAUCUCUUGGAGUACUUCAACGCCAGAGUCCAGCAGGUGCCGAUUAUAGAGACGAACAUUAAAAGCUCCACGGGAAAGACUGAAGGUGUACACAACCCGGUGUUGAAGUUCGCCCAAUACGUCCUGCAUUUGAGUCAAGGCUCCUUCUUGUUCCUGAAGUUGAUCAUGGACCUGUUAGAGCGAAGUCACAUAGUCGUCAAAUCGACCAACUACAAAGUGGUACCGAUAUCGCUGGCUCAAAUCUUUUUGCUGCAAUUCAAUCUGCGUUUCCCCACCGUGCAAUCUUUUGAAAAAGUUACGCAUAUACUGAGCGUUUGUCUAUCAGCGUUAUAUCCACUGACCUUAGUGGAGAUAUACUAUUCGGUUAACGCCUUACUGGUGGAUACGUUUUUGCCCUGGGAAGAGUUCUGUCAUCGAUUCGAAUCCCUCACAGAUUUUCUCGUCAAACGCAUCGACAAUACGUACAUGUUCUUCCAUCCGUCGUUCAGGGAAUGGCUCAUCCGACGUGAUGACAAUGAAAGUCCGAAAUUCCUCUGCGAUUUAAGAGCCGGUCACUGUGGUAUAGCUUUCAGAUUAGCGAGGGUCCAGGCCCCCCCUGGAUCCAGAGAAAUCAAUGGAGUUAGGGCAUCAUAUUUUGAAGGCGCAUAUGUACAGAAAUCUCGGACCAGCACAAUUAGGUCUCUGUCCGAGAGAUUUGCAGGCGACUUUGGUUGCAUCAAGUUCGGCGAAUGUUGGUGA